UCCACAAUUAAAUCCAUGAUAAAAUGUCUAUUUCACCUAAUGCCACCAGAGAAUAUUCCUAAAGAAAUACAAGAAAAUGCACUGAUCUCAUCAGCAAUACUGAUAAACGAUGACAUGAAUGACAUGGAAAAUACUGAUGGCAGUGACGACAACUUAGAUGUUGAAAAUGAGUCUGAGUAUGCAGGAUACAAACUUCUUCAGCAGGAAGAUACUGUUGGUAUUAACAAUGAAGACGAUGACUUGGAGUGCAACGAAGAGAAUGCUAUUGGAAACGAAGAAUGCAACGGUGAAAAUGCCUUAAAUAUUAACUAUGAGAAUUUAAUUUGUUCUGGGCUGGAUGAUGAUUUACCAAGCUCGGGUUUGGGGUUUCCUAAAGAAAUAUUGGAAGAUGAAGAUGAGAAACUUGCUGACAAAAAAGAUAUUCCAAUGAGUGAAAGUCAAGCAGAACUUGUAAAAAAUGCAAUGGCUGGUUUUUCCUUACCUGAUUUAAAUGUACCAGCAUGGGCAAAAUCGCUAUCUGAUGAUGAAUGGAAAGUAUCCUUGCAAACCACAGUGCAGAAAAUGAAAGACAAUCAACCAUAACUACUUCCAUUUCUUCUUGAUAACGUACUUCACCUUAAUUAUGCAUCCAGGAGAUAAACUGCUGUCUUGGAGACCCUUGUUGAACAAUUUUAUUCUGAAGAACAAUAGUGUUAUUCUUAAGUUAUAAUUUGAUGUAUUUUUUGUAUAUAUAACUUAAUUAAUUUUCUUUUUUUUAUCUGUGUUGUUUUCAGUGAUGGCUUAUGUGA